AUGCAAAUGGCGGUCGUUGUUAUUGUUCGCUGGUAACAAACGAGCUCGAUUUUCGGUAAAUGGUGCCCUUUUCGUAGCAGUAAACGGCCGGAAAAUAUCGUGCGAUGUUAGUUAUAAACUUUUCGAGCGUUUUUGUGUUGUUGGUUGCGGUUAAUUGAGUGCUUAAAGUGGAUUUUUGCGUGCGAAAAAAGUGUGUCACCAUCGACGGCUCCGCUGCGGAGCGAAAAGGCUCAAAUGGAAUGGCGGCCGAUAGUGACGGUGAUCAACAGAAUAACAACCAGUGCAGCAGCACGCUGAAGGCAGUUGUCAUUUGUGAGGGAAAUCUCCACGAUCCCGAUUUUCAGUCAAGAUUGGACGGUCUGGUCGCGAAACUAACCACGCUGGUUGAAGAGCCAGCCGAUAACGGGAAACUGACGGUGGACAAGGUGGAACCAUGGAACAGUGUCCGUGUUACGUUGUCCAUUCCCAAGGAUGCAGCAGUAAAACUGCGCAAGCUGGCCGCGGAAGGGAACAGUGCUCUUCGAGCGCUUGGCAUCCUAUCCGUACAAUUAGAGGGCGACACAGUUCUGUCGCUUCGGUUAGUAGGGCAAGAAAUAGUACUGAGGACGGAUAAUUCUACCACGGCUGGACCAACUGUUAGCGGUGGUGCCAAUAGUGGCUUAGGGGAGCUCACUCGAAUACUCUCCCAACAACAACAACAGCAGCAGCAGCAGCAACAACAACAACAACAAUUACAAUUGCAACAUGCACAGCAACAAAUUUUUACACAGGAUUCUUUGGCUGGUCCCUCAAAAGCUUCUACUCCUCACCUUCAACCAAAACAGACACCAUCGCCAGCUGCUGCAAUUCCCGUGACGUCUGUGUCAAUGGCGAACGGUCCCCUAGCACCCGAAAGCACCAUUUUCAAAUCCCCAAACACUAUCUGUCCCAUGGAUGGUAAACUACCAGCCCACGUGCCAAAUGUGGUGGAAAGCUGUGAAUAUCCAUUCGAGAGCAUGACCCAGGCAAGGGUAAUUCAGCGAAGGGAAAAUACGCUCGGUGUAGUGUCAACCGCAUCCGGCUCAAGUAGUGUGAAUAAAGUACCCAGUAGCAAUCAUUUUGUUGCUCCUAAUCCACCAGUAGCACCACCACCACCACCACCACCACCUCCACCGUCAUACCAAGUUGCAGUUGGUACAAUACCUGCGGUAAAAAGUGCUCCUGUGACAACAAUCGCUGUAAACGCGAGUGGCAGUAGUGCCACUACGACGGGGCCAGUGGGGAAUGUGGCAAUGACCAGUCCACUAUUGGUAAAUCUGCUACAGAACGAGAAUGCUAUUCCGCAGAGUUUAGCAGCAACUGGCGGAUCAAAAUCGACAGUGCCGACCAUCAAGCAUGAACUUCUGUCGUCCGGCAAUAGUGGGAUGGGUUCCAGUGUGGUUAUUGAAAAAGUCCCAAGCAUUAUUGGAGUUGCGUCAAAUUCUAGUAAAGUAAAUGUUAUCAAUGACAAUGAACUAAGUGUGAAUAGUGGUGGUCUGCAGAAGACAUCGUGUAUCGUAACUAAUAGUAAUAAUAACAAUCCAGUGCAUCCAGUGAUCGGCAACAGUGUCGGCGGUGCUACAGCGUCUGUUGCACCGACCACAGCGGUACCAAACAGUGUCGUUGGUACACCGAAGACAAUAUUAGUGAAUAAUAGCAUUGCUGGUGUUGAAACCGUGGCCACUGAUUCAGCGACCGGACCAGCAGCGAUCAGUGCUAGUGCUAACAGAAACCCUAAUAAUAAUAAUAAUAAUUUAAUGACAAACACUAGUAACAUAAACAAUACCGCUAGUAACAAUCAGAAUGUUUUAAAUGUGCCGCCUUCUCUAGUAACUCCACCAAUGUCAGUGCCUUCUUCAAACAAAAACGUUAGUGUGCAACAACAACAACAACAACAACAGCAACCAAGAUUUAAUCUCGGCCCCAGUGGGACUACAGCAGUAAAGCCUUCCACGCCGCAGCAAACUAUGCGACCGCAGCAGGUUUUGGCAGUGGGAAUGGCUCAACAACAGCAGCGACCUCUUCAUCCACCCUCUCAACAAGCGCAUUCUCUGCAAACGAGCUUAAAUCGGUUCCCAACGCAACCACAACAUUUACCGUUCCGACAGCCAUCAGCACCUCAAGUGCAGCAACAGCAGCAGCAGCAGCAACACAUUGGCAACUCACGGUGGCCAGUGUCACAGUCGAUGGACUCAGUCACGAAGUCUAGUUAUCAGGAAUUUACCCGCUAUCAGAUGCAAUACAAUCUAAGUCAGCAGCAGUUGAGCAUCAAACAAUCUCAACAGUUACAGACAGCAGCCACACUCAGCGGUGGAAGUGAUUUGCUUGGGCUUGGAAAUUUCGGUGAUUUGCCCGAUUUCACGAAGAACGAUCUUGAUUCGCUAUUGCCUACGCUGAACAAUGCCGAUCUGGAAGGAGCUUUCUUGGACGAACUUGACCUAGGACUUGAGCAAUCUUUGACACCCACUGGAGCCAGCGGAGGACUGAUGAAGCCUUCUGAAAGAAAAUGGAAGCAACAGUUUUUAAUUAAUCCACUAACCGGAGAGCUGGAGGAAACUCAUGUGGAAGAGACGGACGAAAACGACGAAGAAGCGUCAAAAAGUUUUCCAGAAUUUCAUUCGGAAAUGUCGAACCCACUGUACUCCGACGAUGACACCUCUUGUAGUACGGGAUUCUCGAAAUUCACGUCGGAUGUUAGCGAUACGGAACGAUCGACGACGGCGGAUGGCGCGACUUCCAGUGGGUUCGGCAGUAUGCCGCCUGGUCCAGCAAACAGUUUCAUAGGAAAGCUGACAAAACCGAGCAAAGUGAAAAAGGAUAAACUGAAAGAUGGAACUAAAAGUUCCACGAAAACGAAAGAGAAGAAACCACGCGAGAAAAAAUCAUCAUCGUUGAAGCAGAUAAAAACAAAGGCGAAAAUUGUUUCUACGGAAAGCGGUGGUGAAUCACCCGGAAGUCAGGAGAAAAUUAAACUUCGCUUGAAACUGGAGAAGUCCGAAGCUAUCAGUGUGAGCUUGGUACAGCCUACACAGAUAAGUGUAGGUGGAACCAGUAAUAGUAGUAGCGGCGGAUUGGGCAGUAGCAGUAUCAAUAGGAAAGUGCAAUCAUCACAAGUGCUAACAGUGACUCCCGGUGCACCAAGUGGGAUGGGAAUCGUUCCCAGCUCAUCGGGGGUAAAUGUAGCUGCUAUGACUCCGGUGCAGUCGUCGUUAUCUUCAAGUUCGCUCUCUUCCUCCAUUUCUUUUGCCACCACUGGUACUGUAACGCAGCAGCAAUCACAAUACCAGCAAACGUUAGGCCCACAAACUCUUGGCAGCAGCAGCUUUACGGGCACUAACCACAGCGUUGGAAUGAACGUUUCCAAUAGUAGUAGUCCAUGCUUGCAAACGACGUCUCCUGCUGGCGAGGAGCUUCGGGUACCCCCUUUACAUAUUAGUUUGCGAGGUAAAAAUUCCGUGGUCAUCAAAAAUUCCAGAAAAGAUCGCAAAAAGAGCCAGAGUGGCGGCGAAGAAGAUAGUGACGGGUGUAACUUUCCACUCGGGAAAAAGAGUUCGAUCAAACGAAGCAGUCAUUCCACCGAUAGUCGGAUAACUAUGGUCAAAACAAGUGAAUCGAGUAUUCGGUUAAAGAUUGAAGAUUCCGGUUCGCCUACCGAUCCUUCCUCAUUGCCAUCCUCACCGAAUCAUCACAACCAUAACAGUACCAGUAGCGCAGGUAGCUCAUCAAUGAUGACGCCAAUCGCUGGUGGUGGUAGUUCAAAAGCGAAUUCGAAUAAAUUAGAAGAUCUGAAUCCACCGGUAUCGCCGGCGGUUGUUGGCCCAGCGUUGAUGUCGAGUGAUUUAUUGGGAUUCGACCAGCAACAUAAACGAACAGCACCGGAAUCCGUUCAUAGCCCCAAUGGGUUGAUGUGUCCGGAAAAGAAACGUCGAUUGAGCGCCGGUUUAGGAGGUAAUCUGCAGUCAGCGGGAACCGUAGAUGAGCUCGGUGUGAAUGCAAAUAGUAACAGUGCAGCGACCAGUAUCAAUGAAAUAAAUGAAAUCUAUGAAACUUUAAUCUCGUCCACCGCGGGUGGUCCUAUUGGUUCGACGAAUGUUGGCACUUUGCCACAAUCGUCUCUGCUAGCAGCGGCAACGUCGUCAGCAAAAAACUUGAAGAGCUCCAGCACGAACAACAGUAUCAACAACAACAACAACGCGUUUGGCAAAUGCAUUAGCAGCGGUAGCAAAAACUUGGUCAAGCCAACGCAGUCGAGCCCAACGACGUCGUCUGUGUCAUCGCCUGGAGCUCUGGCAGCUGUACCGAAUACUAUGAGCUCGACACAGUCCUCGAAACAGCCUUCUACUGCAUCUCCUUCAACCGAUGGUGCGCAAAGUAAAAAAUCGCCUCCAACGGGGAGGAUCAGUUCCGACAGUACCACCGAGGACCAAGAAUCUGCCGCCGGUGAUGAUAGUACUACAAAACAUAGCGGCAAUACAUCAAACACUACCUCAGCAGAAUCGGAAGUCUCCGCCGCCAGUCAGCGAAUAAACAACACACACCACCAUCAUCACAAUCGUCCACCGGAUCAACCGGGCGAUUCGCCCUCGACCAGUCUGGAGCAAUCGAUGAACCAGCAGCAGCCAGCGCCAACGAUAGUCGGUGCCAGCAGUCAUCUGCUAACGCAGGGAGUGAGAGGUUCCCCUGGAUCUCAAGCGCAAGGUGAAGAUAGUGGAAUCGAAUCAAUGGACGCUCUGUCGGAGAAGAGUCCCCAUCAGGUGUCUCACAGUCCACAGGGCAACGAGCCGAACAAAAUGCUUCGAAUGGAUAGUCCAAAGGAAAAAACACCGACCGCCACGGUAGAGUUGAAGGAACCGUUGAAGAACGAUUCGGGUACUACGAACAACAACAACAGCAAUGCAAGCUUGGACGAAUACAUAGAUAUCGAAGCUGCACUGGCCAAAAUGGAAGGAAUCAAUGAGCUGCAAGUCACGACCAAACUGAACGGUGAUCAUUCGACCCUAAUAAAACCAAAACAAGAAUUGGAUCUGUUGGUGGGUCACAAUGCAUUGCUUGACAGUGCAAAUCUUAGCAAAAUUCUCGACGACAUAGACGACGACGAACUAGUGCUGUCGGCGGAUACUGCUGCUGGUUUAAAGGGCAAAAGUAUUGAUGUGUCUUCCAGUGAAAACUUAUCCCUGAAACAGCAGGAGUCGUUAGUGGUAAAAGGAGAAGAGGCAGAAGACUGGCAUGGGAAGACAAGGAAAAAGCUACAACAUCAGCAGCAACAGCUUAAGGGAGAAGUAAAUGAUAUACUCACUAGUAGUAGUAACAACAAUCUGACGGAUAAAAUCGAGAUUAAGCUGAAUACCAAGCAACUCGUAUUGGAGGAUUGUUGUAGCAAUAAGGAGGUGUUAUGUUUAAAAAGCGAAUGUGAUAGUAAGAUAGAAGAUUGUGAAGCUGUAAUUAAAACUGAUCCCGAGGAGGCUAUCGUUAGUAGUUUAAAUCAACAGCAGAGCUGUAACAAAAGCGGCUCGGAUAGUAAUAGUAAUUUUAGUAGCAGCAAUCUGUCGGGCACGAAAUCACAGGAAUCUGCUAGUAUAAACAAGGAAGGAGGUUGUCCUCCUACUGACGGUAAGGAAGCCAAAAAUGGCGAAACUGACAGCGUUCCUGAGCUGAAGCCCCGCCACGAACAACCACCGCUUUACAGCUACUCUAGUGAAAAGGCUCGCGAACGGCGAACUGCUGCCAAUUCUACUUCUUCCAGCUCCUCCUCGGCAACGGUAAUCGAAAUAAUCGAUUUAGACGAUUCGGGUAAAUCCAAUGACUUGGAACCCCCGCAACAGGUCCAACCGAAUAAACAAAUCGAUUCGCCACUUUCAAUUGAUAUCCCAUUGCACCCAGAGUCGGCCGAAAAUCGAGUGCGUACACGUGCUUCUAGUAAACUGGAAAGUCCCUUGGAGCCUCCCCGACAGAGCCCGUCAGUUGAAUCACCGGCAGCCGAAAGGUUGAAGAAUACUCUCAAACAUGCGACCCCGCCAGCGAAUUCAGCAACGUCAGCAGUCGGUAGUGGAGUAGAUCGCUUGAGUCCCAAAACGCUGCCGAAAGUCGGCAAACGAAAACGCCAAGGGUCGGAAAGUUCGACCCAGUCAUGUGUCAGUGAUGACAUAACUAUGCCGACUCGAGCGAAAAAGCCUCGAAAAGCAGCAGUUGCAGCGGCUGCGGUAACAAACGCCGAGAAACAAAAGAAAAUCGGUGCAAGUCGUAAUACGCAACACAGGAAAGCAGCAACUGAAACGCCUACUUUAUCGAGUACUCCAGUAAUCCGGGUUGUAGCAGUUCCAGCGGCGGAGGAUUCGUCCGACAGUGAUGAACCCUUGAUAGAGAUAGCGGGUAAAUUUCGAAACUCUAAACUAACUAAACCAAGUACUUCUUCUACUACCAAUCCUUCUACCACUUCUACAACUACUACUUCGACUACAACGUCAUCAUCAACCUACUCCUCAUCCUCCUCUACAACAGGUACUGGAUCGUCGUCUACAUCGGGACCAGCUGCUAGCGAAAAAGAAAAAACACUUCGCAAUCAUAAAACACCGUCCUCUGCUUCGAAAAAUGUCAGCAAUACUAGCGCUCAGAACUCGUCUCCGUCGUCCACGGCAUCAACGAAUAGCGUUGGUUCGGGUAGCGGAGUUUCAAACGCCCAUUCCCACAAAACCAACGCUCAUUCUAGAUCAGUUCACAGUGUACCGACAGCGGCCCACGUUGCAAAUUCUGCUGCAUUAGCGGAUGAAAAAAUCAGUACUCGUCGAAGUGUUCGUAUGACAACGUCGACUCUUUCGACGGCUGCCAUGAACAGCAAAGCGAAAGCAAAUGCUGGCAACAUCGCAAGUGGAACUCCAAAUUCUACCUCGACUGGCGGAACUAGCAGCGCAGAAAACCAUCGCGAAUCAACACAUCAUCACAGCGUUUCGCAUCACAACAAAGUUAAUCAUGUGAACCACCAGCACUCGUCGGCAACCGGGAUUGGAAGAAGUUCUGCGUCCACACCAGCGGUAGAAGGAAAAGUCAGUUCGGGAUCCCACGCAACAUCGGCCACAACAGUCGAUCCUGGAGUGACCACCACCGAAGUGCGACGGAAAACAAGAAGUGCUGGUCUUGAAUCAACCAUCGAGGGCCGGCGGAGACGGGUGUCACGCGAUAGUAAGUGACCAAUCGCUUGCGCCUCAGCCGAGACUAGCUGCAGUAACACCAUCACCGAAACCGCUGGAAGCCUUGGCCUGCGUCGUAGUAUU